AUGGCGCUCACCUUCUUCUCUCAGCAGGAGUGGGACCGGCUCCUAUCCCCAGUGCUCAGGACGGCACUUCCAAAGGCUGGUAUCUGCCCUCGUGCUAUGGUCUAUGCCCCUAUUGCACUCCAAGGAGUGGGUGUCCCUCAUCCGUACGGUCUCCAAGUCAUCAAGCACUUGGACAUGCUACUUCGCCAUCCUGCCAAUAAGACCAAGACACCAGACGCCUUCUUGGAGGCAGUCCUUCAGGCACAUCAGCUUGAAACUGGUACCUCAUACAGCCUCUUCCAACAAGUCUAUGCCAACACCUCCAUCCUGGCGUCCGGCACGUGGGCAAAGCGGACCUGGAGUGAACUCGACUCUCUCUCCAUCCACCUGGAGUUUGAUUCCCCUUCUCUUCGGCCAAUACGCCAAGGAGACCAACUGCUAGUCGACCUGUUCAUCGAUUCUUUGGUGGACCAACUUACUUUGAAAUGGCUCAACUGGUGUCAGAUCUUCCUGCACGCAGUCACUCUUUCUGAUAUUGUGAAUGCUGAAGGGACAGCGAUUACUCUGAAAGCGCGGAAAGGGCUAAGAGCGGACAGCUUUUCUGAUCAGUACCAAUGGCCCCGCACUGCUCGUCCGUCUAACCCAUGGUGGACUGCAUGGCAACAAUGGAUCUCUACUCAUCUGACCGGCCACUCCAACCGACGCCGUCUCAGUUCUCCGUUAGGCCCGUGGCAUUCCGUUGACUUGUCCUGGAAGUGGCAAUACUCCCCCUCUACCAAUACCCUGUUCCACCGUGAGGGUCAACUAUGGAUCCCUUCCAUUCCUCUUGCCUCCACCAGCCGUCAGCGCACCUUCUACUUGCCUCGUUGCUUCAACCCUGAUCUCCCACCUCUACCAGUGGACGCUGUCUGCGUCUUGGUCUCUGUCUUCCCUAGCCGUUCCCCAAUCCACAAGAGCCGGGUCCUCCUCCACCACUCUACGGGCCCUCACCUACCAGCCGAACCACCUGCCCCCCCAUCUUCCAUCCUUGACCUCUGGCAUCACUUUGGCAGUCUGGCUGAAUCAGGUUCUCACGGCUGGGUUCCAGAGGUCCAAAGCACAAUCCUACCGCCGCCUGCUGGAGUCUUCAGGCCGCUCGGCUGCCUCCAACCCCCGCUUCUUCCAUGA